AUGCGUUCAACGACUUUUGCCCGCGCCGCUGCUUUGGCAAGCGCUCUCGCUACCUCUGUCUCAGCAGCGUUCGAUGCCGCUGCGUCUACUAAUGUAGUUAUGUACUGGGGCCAAGGCAGCAAUCAAAUUCCACUCUUGGAAGUGUGUCAGAACCCAAGUGUCGAUGUUGUUGUGUUGGGUUUCAUCAAUGAGUUUCCUACCAAAGUCGGCGGAUAUCCUGGAUCGAAUUUUGCAAAUGCUUGUGGCGACGAAACAUUCACUGCCCCCGAUGGCACCAUUACCCAUCUCAAAUCCCAUUGCCCGGAUAUAGGUCCCGCUAUCACAUCGUGCCAGACUACGUAUGGGAAGAAGGUUAUUCUUUCUCUCGGCGGCGCCUACCCGACAAACUACACUCUGCCCACCACAGCGAUUUCCAACUACUUCGCUGAAUUCCUAUGGGGAGCUUUUGGACCGAUCACCUCUCCACCUGCAUCAUGGGUCGCCGCUGGAAGCCCAAGACCGUUUGGCAGUGCUGUUGUCGACGGUUUUGACUUCGACAUUGAGAGUGAUAUGGCGUCUCCCCCAUUCUCAGACUACAAGUCUCGAGGUUAUGCGGAUAUGAUUAACCAUUUCAAGAACGUUCUCUACCCGACUGCAGCUGGAACUUACUACAUCUCCGGUGCACCCCAGUGCAUUACUCCGGACUCUCACCUUGACGAUGCGAUGCUAAAUGCUCCUUUUGAUUUCCUCUACGUGCAAUUCUACAACACCCCUUCGUGUUCUGCUCGUGCUGCAUACAACGGUCUGAGCACUUUCACAUUUGACAGCUGGGUCUCCCGUGUUACCACCCUGUCGGCGAACAAGAAUGCCAAGGUUUACCUGGGCAUCCCCGCCGGGACGGAUGGUGCCCCAUACGAUACCGCGUCUUAUCUUAAUACCACGGAGGCCAACACUGUGAUAUCCGAGUACCUAAAGAAAUAUCCGUCCACGUUUGGUGGUGUUAUGCUCUGGGAGGCGACCGUCGACAGCUUGAACAUACAAUGCUCUCAGGAUUACGCCUACUGGAUCAAGAAGAGUCUGAACAGCGCCUAUUCAGGGACUGCCUACACCGACAAAUGCCCCACUACUACAUCAACUGCUACACCUACCCCUACCGGUGGUGUGAUCUGGUUUUGGCAAUUGCUGUAG